GGGGAAGGAGAGGGGAAGUCUCGCGAGACCUCCACCAGGCAACGGCGCAGCAAGAUGGCGGCGCCGGAGACGGAGACAGCAGCUCCUGUGGCUGGCCCUGAACUGCAAGUGACUAGCAAUGGGACUGCCGGGGGAGGAGAAGGAGUUGUUGAUACUCAGCAACAGAACCAGCCACAACAGCAACCUCCAAAUGCCUGGCAGGUCAUCAAAGGGGUCCUGUUUAGGAUCUUUAUCAUCUGGGCCAUCAGCAGUUGGUUCCGUCGUGGGCCGGCCCCACAGGAUCAAACCACCGCUGGUGGAGCCCCCAGGGCACCAAGCCGCAAUCUCUUUCCUAAGGACACUUUAAUGGAUCUUCAUGUCUAUAUAUCAGAGCAUGAGCACUUUACAGAUUUCAAUGCUACUUCAGCAUUGUUUUGGGAGCAACGGGAUCUUGUCUACGGAGAUUGGAGCAGUGGCGAGAAUUCCGAUGGGUGCUACGAACACUAUGCAGAGUUAGAUAUUCCUGAGAGUGUUCAACAUAAUGGUUCCAUAUACAUCCACGUGUACUUUACAAAGAGCGGGUUCCAUCCUGAUCCAAAACAGAAGAACCUCUACAGGCGACUCGCCACAGUUCACACAUCACGAAUGAUAAAUAAAUACAAACGCAGGAGGUUCCAGAAAACGAAGAAUCUGCUAACAGGGGAGACAGAAGCAGAUCCUGAAAUGAUAAAAAGAGCUGAAGAUUAUGGUCCUGUAGAAGUGAUCUCACACUGGCACCCAAACCUCACCAUCAACAUAGUGGAUGACCACACGCCGUGGGUCAAGGGCAGCGUUCCUCCACCUCUGGACCAAUAUGUGAAGUUUGAUGCAGUGAGCGGUGACUACUAUCCCAUCUUAUACUUCAAUGAUUACUGGAACUUGCAGAAAGACUACUUCCCUAUCAAUGAGACAGUAGAGCAGUUGCCCUUCCGCCUCUCCUUCUGUCCGCUCUCGCUCUGGCGGUGGCAGCUCUAUGCUGCCCAGAGUACCAAAUCCCCCUGGAACUUCCUGGGAGAGGAUUUAUAUGAACAGUCAGAUGAGGAGCAAGAUUCAGUAAAAGUUGCUUUGUUAGAAACCAAUCCCUACCUGCUGGCUUUGACCAUUGUUGUUUCCAUUGUACACAGUAUUUUUGAAUUCCUUGCUUUCAAAAAUGACAUUCAGUUCUGGAACAGUAGGCAAUCUCUAGAGGGCCUCUCAGUCCGGUCAGUAUUCUUCGGGGUGUUUCAGUCCCUUGUCGUCCUCCUCUACAUCCUGGACAAUGAAACAAACUUUGUGGUGCAAGUCAGCGUCUUCAUUGGGCUCCUCAUAGAUCUUUGGAAGAUCACAAAAGUUAUGGAUGUCAGGUUGGAUCGGGACAACAAAAUUGCCGGAAUCUUCCCACGUUUAACGUUCAAAGACAAAUCAACAUAUAUAGAAUCGUCUACCAAAGUCUACGAUGAUAUGGCUUUCCGGUACCUCUCCUGGAUCCUUUUCCCGCUGCUGGGAUGUUAUGCUGUGUACAGCCUCCUCUACAUGGAACACAAGGGCUGGUACUCCUGGGUUCUCAGCAUGCUCUAUGGAUUCCUGUUGACAUUUGGCUUCAUCACCAUGACACCUCAGCUCUUCAUCAACUACAAGUUGAAGUCAGUGGCUCACCUACCGUGGCGGAUGCUCACCUACAAAGCCCUGAACACCUUCAUCGAUGAUCUUUUUGCCUUUGUCAUCAAAAUGCCCAUGAUGUACAGGAUAGGCUGCCUUCGAGAUGAUGUAGUUUUCUUCAUUUAUCUCUACCAGCGAUGGAUCUACCGAGUGGAUCUGACCCGUGUCAAUGAGUUUGGCAUCAGCGGGGAGGACCCGGCGUCUCGGACAACGACGCAGAGCAUCACUCAGCCGGACGGUGCCCCUUUAGCGCUGACCGACAGUGCAGUCGGGGCAACAACAGAGGCCCCGGCCAAUGGGGCUCCCGUAGCAGUGGUAAAAGGGGCGGCCGACGGCUCUCCCGCAGCCGUUUCCACAGGGUUGCUGGACGGCGGCCCCGAGGCUCUCCCAUCGAAAACGGCAGAGGAGAAGAAAAAAGAUUAACCUAUUCUAACUUUUUAAAAAGCCCUAACUUGAUACACUCUCAGCUGUUGGAUAAUAAUGGACAGAAGGCAAAUGGGUGGGGACAAGGGAGGGGGCAGAGUUGCUUCGGUCCUCCUGGGUCCAGAGCUUUUUAUUUUAUAUUCCAGUAAAACUCGUGUGGGCAGUAAAAAAAAGGGGGCCGGGGAGGGACUGGGGCCGCCCGGAUCUGGGGCAGCACCAGGCGAAGGGGAGGGAAAAGCGAAGGAUCACUGGAAAUGUUGGUGAAGUUCCGUGUGACAUGUUGUAUCCGUGGGAGAGAAACCUCACCCCCAUCCACCCACCCACCCCUCCCUCCCUUCCUCCGUAAAUCUCUAUGUUUAAAAGCAAAGCUCAAACCAGUAAUCAUUGUGACCUCCAUUCCAUUGUGCGGGUAUUUAGGACAUUGUUAUUAAGGAGUUUUCCUCCAAGUUGUGUCUCCGUUUCAUAAAGAGCUGAUUUAUGAGAGCAAAAAAGAAAAAAAAGUUAACAUAACAAAACAGGAAAAGGAAUACCAUUCUCAUCGUUCCAUCCUAAUAUGGACUCUGGAUUUAAUAAAUUCAUAUGGGUGUUUAAGUUAAAAAAAAACAAACAA